AAGAAAUGAAAAUCAUGCAAUGUUCACAUCCACGCAGUAUAAAACCGGGGUGCAUAAAUUAUCCACCACUGAGAGAAACCAUUAUAAUUCAAGCGAAAGCAAAGUUAUCAAUCAAUUAUUUAAAAACACACAAGAGAAUGUAAAGUUCUCGCAUCCCGCUUCUCUUGGAAGGACAACAUUGUGUUGUGGUUUUCGGUUUUAUGGCCAGCGUUAGGGUGGUUAUACAGACUUCCGUAAAUUAACUAUAUGCAACCCAUAAGACAAGUCAAGGUGUGACAAGUUCUCAAUUCUGUAAUACACGACCUGCUCAUUAAGCAUUAAACCUCCGACCCUCGCCUUCUGUGUUUUUCUUCACAGUACACCUGACCUGGAGCCGACUGGUUCCAGUUCCCUGGCACGACCUCAGGAAGCAGCGCCCCACCUGGUGUCUGAAAGUGGGAUGACAGGCUUUGCAAAAAUGAAACCAUCUUCUGGAUUAUUGAUAACCAAUGGAAUGGAAGUCCCGUUUGCUUUCAGUGGCGCUAACGCCGCUAGGGAAACGACGGCGCGUAUUUUAAAGGUGUUUGUGGAAAUACGAAGGAUAUUAUCCAACAACUCACAUCGGUGUUUUGGAUCACGGCCCAUCGUGUAUUUAAAAAAAAAAUAACUCUGAAACUGCUACCCGUUGACAUUAAAAGAUUUAGAUAAAACAAUGCUCUUAGUCCCGAACACGUCCACGAAAUCACAGCGCAGUUUAAGAUAUACUUGCGAGUCGCUGCCGUUGGGGCUAACCCUCAAAUCUAAAACAUUCGUGUAAUUUCUGAGGGAAUAGGACAGACAACUCAUAUUCUUCCAGAUUAACCGAGGUGAAUUUAUAUGCGCCAUGGAUUUAUUUCAUUUAAUUUAACAGAAAAACAGCGGGUUACCCUGCUUCUGUGGGUAUUUUCUGGAGAACUGGUUCAAGACCCAGCCAGAAGUCGAGCAGCAGCAGCAGCAGCUCACCGGAUCUGUGGCCGGCGACGGUGUCGUGCUGCCCUCUUGCGGGAGUUGCGCGUCAUGGCAGCCCCACUUGCCUCCAGUUUCGCCAGGUUUCCUGAGAAGUUGAGUUACACGUCAGAAUGGAACCUGUACUGGUGGGGGGACGUGUACUGUGACCUCAGCAGUUCGUGCGUAUCAGCUGAUCGGGGAUACGGGAAAGCAUGGAACGUGUAGCGCAAAUGCCGAACAGUGGCGGCUUCUCCCUGGCUGGGCCCUCCUCCGCCCCGCGGAAGAGGCAGGUCCGAUUCUCCGCGCGCCACGACAUCCUGCUGCUGAGGGAGGUCAUCGCUCAGAACCCCUUCUCGUCCAAGGAGCCUGGGCGCAUCUGGGCGCGGGUGGGCGAGAUCAUCAGCGCCGCCCUGCAGGACGAGAACUUCGAGGUGGACGCGCGGCGGUGCCGGGAGAGGACGGCCCUGCUCCUGGACUACUACAAGAAACAGGACUUCGCCAGCCUGCGCAGGUUCGGGACAGAGCGGCUGUACGCACAGAAGGAGGACCUGCUGCACGAGGUGCUGGAGCUGGAGGCGGAGAAGGGGCUUAUGGGAGCCACAGAAAGCAAGUACCAGGAUGAGGCGACCGCAGAAAUGAGGAAGAGGGCACUGGAGGAGCUGUGCCAGCCGGAGCCUGAGAAACCGGCACCGAUGUCAACCCCAGCGGCACCAGAAACAGUUCUUCCCACCCCAGAGCCGGAGGAGCAGGAGGAGCUGCCGGAGCUGCCGGCGCCCACAGCCAAGCGGCCCUGCCAGUGCUGCUGCCAGACCUACUCGGAGAUCCUGAGCUUCCUGGAGAAGCGGGCCGAGGCGGAGCAGCACCUGCGCGAGGAGGAGAUGGCCCUGCGGCGCGAGGAGCUGGAGAUCCAGCGGAGCAAGAUCGCCCUGGAGCGGGAGAGGCUGGGCGCCGAGCGCAGGGAGAGGGAGCGCCGCUUCGAGCUGGAGAGCCAGGAGAGGCAGGUGAUCCUGGACCUGCUCAAGGAGAAGGUGCUCCACUGCUGAGGAGGAGGAGGAGGAGGGGGAAGAGGAGGAGGAGGGGGAAGAGGGAAGGGGACACUGGGAUGUGGACUGAGACCCCACCACUGUCAGAAGGGGGCCGUGGCCGAGCAACAACUCUUUUUCAGGUCGCGCGUGUUGUCUUGGCUCCUCUCCCCGCUGGGAGUCCCCAGGCGGCAGCCCGCAGUGGGUGCAGCAGUCCAGGCGCCUGCUGUGGGCAGGGCGACACAGGUCUCACACUGUGAGGCUUAGCCUGGGCAGCUCCGCUCUAGAGACAGCCUGGGUGCCUGACGUGACGAGGCAGAGUGGGACGGCAGACGCACUUGACUUUGUCGGUAGCCCUACCCCCUGGACCACAAGAUUUGAUCAGCUGAAAGGGUGACUCUGAUGAAAUGACAAGAUACAACCAGCACUUCCUGCCUCCCUGUUAAGCGACCGAAAGAAGCACUGUACGGAAUACUGUAUUCAUCACUACUGCAGUAGUGCUUUUCCUACAAACGUGCAAGUCUCUUGUUUUUGUGAGUUACUAGACCAGCCUAAUGCAAGCAAAUGCCAGCAGCUGUGGUGAACUGUUUAGUUUUAGGAAGGCCUUGCUGUCUUGCUGGAACUUUUGGGUGUGCAUAAAAACUAAACCAAUCCCAGCAAACUGAGGAAACAUUCUACCACACAUUUUAAGAUUGAUUUGUUAGGACUGUAAAGAUUUUAAAGCUGCAGUGCAUUAUACAACAGUUAUCGUGUCAUAUUUUUGUAAACUGAGUUUCAUUUUAAUCUAGUACUCAUAGCCUGUGUACACAUCUGCCUGGCAACAAUCGCCAUAUACUGUCUGAUCUCUGAUAAAGGAAUGAUCAAUUAUGUUGAUUUUAUUUUAAAGGAAGGCUGUUAGUUUAUGAUGGGGGUGUAGUUUUUAUUAAUGUCCUCUAAAACAACAGCAGAUAACUAAAAUUAUUUUUUGGGUGAACGAAAUUGCUGUACUAACUCGUUGUCACAAUAAGCUGCACUUAUAUAGUUUCUUCUGUUUACAUACUGUACAGCGGUUUCAUUAAUGACUGUAACGAUUUAUUCUUUACUUUGCCGUGAGCUUUUCUGUAAGUCAAUUAAAAACAGAAUUGCGUAUAUAAGAAGCAUUGUACUCUUCGUUCUAAUUUCUUAGUAACUGUGUAUGCAGGUGAGUCGAGUCGUUUGUAUGCAUAAGGAAAUACCGGCACUCCAUACUGUUGUGAAUUUAAAGAUUGUAUUAGUUCUAAUUAAAGACGUCGCCAGGCAAUACUCUUUAUGAAGGAGUUCUCUUAUGUCCG